AUGGGCGAUGGGCCAGUGGAGCCAGAUUUCUCCGAGUUCGUGGAGGUCGAUCCCACGGGGAGAUAUGGCAGGGUAGUGAUCUGAGAAACCCACCGUACUUUCUUUCUUCCGCCGUCGAUGGUUCAUUUGUUCCUGGAUCCCCCUUUCUUUGUCAACAAUUUCGGAGGGAUUUUUCCGGUCUGGUUCGGCCUAAUGUGUCUUCGUUCUCGUCGUUGCAGUACAGCGAGAUCCUUGGCAAGGGAUCCUCGAAGACAGUGUACGGUCCCUCCGCCAUUGCUACCCUCUAUCUCGGUUCCGUCCUUGUUUCGCCUCCCGUGGUGAUUCUGAUGCAGGCUCUCCGUUCGCAGUUACAGGGCCUUCGACGAGUACGAAGGAAUCGAGGUCGCCUGGAACCAGGUCAAGCUCCACGACUUCCUCCAGAGCCCUGAGGAGCUCGAGAGGCUCUACUGCGAGAUCCACCUCCUCAAGACCCUCAAGCACAAGAACAUCAUGAAGUUCUACAUCUCCUGGGUUGACACCUCAAAGAGGAACAUCAAUUUCGUCACCGAGAUGUUCACCUCCGGAACCCUACGGCAGUAAUGACCGAGGAAUUUCCAGUUCUUCGUGUUCUUCCCGUCUUCCCCUGUUCGAAGCAUUUAAUGGGGAACACCGUCGAUUUCGAUUCGUCCAGGUACAGGCAGAAGCACCGGAGGGUUAACUUAAGAGCAGUGAAGCAUUGGUGCAGGCAGAUCUUGAGGGGCCUUCUCUAUCUCCACAGCCACGAUCCCCCAGUCAUCCACAGGGACCUUAAGUGCGACAACAUAUUCAUCAAUGGCAACCAGGGGGAGGUCAAGAUCGGCGAUCUCGGCCUCGCCGCCUUCCUCCGGAAAUCCCACGCCGCCCAUUGUGUCGGUAAGCCGAACCCCCAUUCGCCAACCUAGAUUAGGGGUGAACAGGGGAUUCGGGAGGUCCUCAUCAGGGCAAUUAAUGUCGAUGCCAGCCGUCUGGGUGCGGAUCUUGACGAUUCCCUGUUCUUCUUUCUCCCCAGGAACGCCGGAAUUCAUGGCGCCGGAGGUGUACGAGGAGGAGUACAACGAGUUGGUGGACAUCUACUCCUUCGGGAUGUGCAUCCUGGAAAUGGUGACCCUCGAGUACCCAUACAGCGAAUGUAGCCAUCCCGUCCAGAUCUACAAGAAGGUCAUCUCUGUAAGUCCUUUACAUCCUUUCCUCCCUCUCUCUCUCUCUCUCUCUCUCUCUCUCUCUCUCUCUCUCUCUCUCUCUCUCUCUCUCUCUCUCUUUCUUUCUGCGAAUUCAUGGUUUUCUCUCCGGCAGGGGACAAAGCCUGAGGCUCUCUACAAAGUGAAGGACCCCGAAGUGAGGCAGUUCGUGGAGAAGUGCUUGGUCACCGCUUCCCGGCGGCUCCCAGCGAGGGAGCUGCUGAAGGACCCUUUCCUCCAAAUCGACGACUGCGGAUCGGGAACGAUGGAGUUGGACGGCCGGGAGCUGGGUUCGCUCCUGAGGCAGCCGCUGUUUAGUCCCAGCUACAGUAAUGGCUCCUUCCUCCCCCAGGGGCUCUGCGAAACAGAGAUCCCCUGGGACUGCGAUCACGUCGACUUGGAGCACCAUGGAAUCGAGCUCUUCGACUCUCCAGAAGACGAUCCUUCCCAUGAGCUGGGCAUCACAAUACGCGGGAGGAUGAGUGACGAUGGAGAAAUCUUUCUUCGUCUCAGGAUUGCCGACACAGAAGGUAUGACGAAGAAGAUGACUCUGUCCCCAUCUCUUCUUCUCUCUCUUUCUCUCUAAAACAUCUUCCGCGCUUUGCUCCGCAGGGCGGGUGAGAAAAAUAUACUUCCGCUUUGACGUCGAGGCCGACACUGCGCUUAGUGUUGCGACGGAAAUGGUGGGCGAGCUGGAUAUCACAGAUCACGACGUCACGAUGAUAGCGGAGAUGAUAGACAGCGAGAUGAUCUCCCUGGUGCCCGAGUGGCAGCCAGGCGUAGGGAUAACAGAGGACGCACCAGGGCACCCCGCUCCGGCCGUCUACCACAACUGCGCCUCCAACGUCUCCUCCGUCGUCUCCCUUCUCGAUUUGGCCCCAAACACUGAGGGCGCUGGUUGCAGCCGGCACGAAUCCGCCCCCGCCAUGCACGGGCGGUUCGAAGAGAUCACCUACCGCGUCGACGGCCCCGAGCACAGCGCCGCCGGCGGGCCGCCGGGGCCUCGCGGCCACACGCUGCACCCCAGGGGAAGAUCUUCCGGCCAGUUAUCAGACAUGGCGAGCCUCGGAAAACCCUCCGUUGAUGCCUGCGAGAACGAGACGCAGAAUUCCGGGGGAUCAGGCCGAGCUCGGAAUUCUCUAUCCGAGCCCGAUUACAGAUACGGAGUCUCAGGUGCUUCCUCGUCUCACCCGCUGACGGAGGCGAUGCUCGAGUCCCUUCGUCUGGAGGAGCGACCGCCGCCGAGCAUGGGCUACGCGAGGUGCGAGGGUAGCCCGCAGACCAUGUUCGCCGGGAAGAACUUCUACGGCGGGCUGCUCCCGCUCCCCAACGGCCUCCACAAGACCAAGUCCCUCCCCAUCGACGCAGUGGACGCUUGA